AUGCUGCUACAUCGAUUGACGGUUUCUGUUGGGGCAGAAUACUUAAUUUUUCAUCAAAUUGUCAAGUUUGUAUUCGGAUUGUAUUCGGAGGGAUUAUUUCUCAAAAGGAUUUUUUCUCAGCUAAAUUUCCGUUGUAUUUAUAUAAGUUCUGAAGUUUCACCUGCAGGGCGAAGAAAGUUCAACAGCUGCAAUAGUCUUAUUCAUCAUGAAUUUAUAGCCCAUAAAGAGAUUCACAUCAAAAUUGGCGGAGACUAUGGCGGAGGCAGUUUAAAAAUGAGUUACCACAUAUUAAAUACUCAUAAUCCUAACAACAAAGAUAACACAAUAGUUUCUAACAUUUUUGAAGCAAAAGACUAUAGAAUAAACAUCAAAGUAGCUAUGGCAAGGUUUCAAAAGCAAAUAGACGAUCUUCAAAAAAUGAAAUAUAAGGAUUAUAGCAUUAAAGUCUUUGUUUUUGGGGAUUAUCAGUUUCUUUGUGCACUCUAUGGUAUUUCAGAAGCUUCAGGGAGGCAUUCUUGCCUUUUCUGUCAUGCAACAUCUAGUGAAAUGAAAGAUAUUGAUUGUCAAAGGACAGAAAUUAAAGUUCAUACCUUAGAAGAUUUAUAUAUUGAUUAUAAAAGAUUUAUGGAAAAGGGAGGUGUGAAGGAAGACGCCAAGUAUUUUAAUAAUGCUUUAACAGAGCCUAUGUUAAAAAUACCUUUAGAUCAGGUAUAGUUGUUUUUGUUAGUUAUUAUUAAACUUUAUAAAACUUAUAUUAUUAAACUUAAUAUUACUAUUAACAUAAAAUCACUCAUUAAAAUAAAAAAGUUAGAUAAGUGUGUGAUUGUGUGUCUGUCUGUGUGUAAAUGUGUGUGUUUUGGUAUUACUCCUUUGAUCAGAAUUUUUUAUGAGUGACACCAUCCUAAUAAAUCAUUAACUUAU